UCUGAUUCCUGCAGCAGUGUGUGUGUGUGUGUGUGUGCAGCUGAGAGGGCUGGACCUGGACCUGCUUCUCCUGCUGGCUACCAAACCCCCCUUUAAACAGAUUUACUCCAUUAGCACUACCCGAUCCAUUUUGAAGGAAAGUUGCCUUUAAAGCAGCGCCUGCAAAUACAGACAAGAAUGGAUCCAACCGGAGGGAUAUGUGCAGCCAUACAGGCCAACAGGCUGCGGGCAGAAGGCAUGGGCUCCAAGGAGCAGGCCGUGCCCUUCUCCAACCAGGACUACGAGGCCCUGAAGCAGGAAUGUGUGGAGUCCGGCUGCCUGUUUGAAGACCCCUGCUUCCCCGCCGAGCCUCCGUCCCUGGGCUUCAAGGAGCUCGCCCCCCAUUCCUCCAAAACUAUGGAUGUGGAGUGGACGAGGCCCACGGAAAUGACAGAUGACCCUCAGUUCAUUGUGGGCGGCGCCACCAGAACGGACAUCUGUCAGGGAGCGCUGGGUGACUGCUGGCUCUUAGCAGCCAUCGGCUCUCUCACCCUGAACGAGAGGCUCCUUCAUCGGGUGGUCCCACACGGGCAGUCCUUCCAAGACGACUACGCUGGAAUCUUCCACUUUCAGUUCUGGCAGUUCGGCGAAUGGGUGGACGUCGUGAUAGAUGACAGGCUGCCUGUCAAAGACGGCGAGCUCAUGUUUGUCCAUUCUGCUGAGGGCAAUGAGUUCUGGAGUGCACUCCUGGAGAAGGCAUACGCCAAGCUCAAUGGCUCCUAUGAGGCUCUGUCUGGAGGAAGCACCACCGAAGGCUUCGAGGACUUCACGGGCGGCGUGUCUGAGAUGUACGAGCUCCGCAGUGCCCCCAAAGAUCUGCACUGGAUAAUAAGCAAAGCCCUGGAUAGAGGCUCUCUGCUGGGCUGUUCCAUCGAUAUCACAAGUGCCUUCGACAUGGAGGCUGUUACAUUCAAGAAGCUUGUGAAGGGCCACGCCUACUCCGUCACUGGACUGAAGGAGGUUGAUUUCCGCGGCAACAUGGAGCGCCUAAUCCGAAUACGCAACCCAUGGGGUCAGGUGGAGUGGACUGGUGCCUGGAGUGACAAUUCUUCUGAAUGGGAUGAGGUUGACCCUUCUGAACGAGAAGACCUGCAUCUGAAGAUGGAAGACGGGGAGUUUUGGAUGACCUUCAGUGAAUUCAAGAGGCAGUUUAAUCGGCUAGAGAUCUGUAACUUGACCGCGGACGCUCUGAGCGAGGAUAGCCUCGGCCACUGGAACACCACGAACUUCUACGGCACCUGGAGGAGAGGCAGCACCGCUGGAGGCUGCAGGAACAAUCCCAACACGUUUUGGAUCAACCCUCAGUACAAGAUCACGCUGCUGGAGGAGGACGAUGACCCAGAGGACAAUGAGGUGGCAUGCAGUUUUUUAGUUGCUCUCAUGCAGAAGGACCGCCGCAGAUAUCGGCGCCAUGGUCAGGACAUGCACACCAUUGGCUUUGCUCUUUAUGAGAUUCCAGAAGAGUACAGAGGCUGCCAGAAUGUCCACUUGAAGAAAAACUUCUUUUUGAACCACUCAUCGUGCGCUCGCUCGGAGACCUUCAUCAACCUGCGGGAGGUGAGCACGCGUCUCCGUCUGCCCCCCGGAGAGUACCUCAUCGUCCCCUCCACCUUCGAGCCCAGUAAGGAGGCUGACUUUGUCCUCCGAGUCUUCACUGAGAAACAAUCAGAAACAGAAGAACUGGAUGAUGAAAUCUCUGCCGAUUUAGGAGAGGACGAUGAAGUAACUGAAGACGACAUUGAUGACUCCUUUAAGUCCAUGUUCGCCCAGCUAGCAGGAGAGGACAUGGAGAUCUCCAUUCACGAGCUUAGGACCAUUCUAAACAGAGUCGUCUCCCGGCACAAAGAUCUGAAGACUGACGGCUUCAGUGUGGAGUCAUGCAGGACCAUGGUCAACCUGAUGGACAAGGAUGGUAGUGCCCGUUUAGGACUGGUGGAGUUUCAGAUCCUCUGGAACAAGAUCCGAAAGUGGCUGGUCAUUUUUAGAGAUUUUGACCUCGACAAAUCAGGGGCCAUGAGCUCAUAUGAGAUGCGUAUUGCUGUUGAGGCGGCAGGUUUUAAACUGAAUAACAGACUGAACCAGGUUCUGGUAGCCCGGUAUGCAGAAGACGAGAUGGUUGACUUUGACAACUUCAUCUGCUGCUUGGUCAAGCUUGAAGCCAUGUUUAGGUCUUUCCAGCAGUUCGACAAGGAGGGAUCAGGAGAGGCUGAGAUGAACGUCACAGAGUGGCUUUACCUCACGAUGUGUGGUUGAAGAGGGACGUCUUCACCGGAGGAGGGUAUAGAGCAAAGGCACAGCGCCUGAAAAUUGCCAUAAAGACCCCUCAGCCUUAGCGACCUGUUGAUCCUUUAACACAUCCCACCUCAGCGCACAUAUAGUAAAAUAGCUGUAUAACGGGAACCAAAGUCCAAUCAAGCCAAGUGUCUCCCGGCUGGAUUUUUAGAAACUAUGCAAACCUACAGUAUGAAGCAGUCACUGUGCAACAUAGAUGUGUCAUCUCUAUAAAAACAGCAUGAGUCUGUGCAUGACAAAAAUCACUAGCUGUAAUGUGCGUUGUUGCAAGUUGAUUUUGGAUUUUAUUUUUGCUGUCUGUAUGAAUGUCAGCUGAAUUACUAACAAUAAUUUCACUGGUCUCAUGGUCUCAUUAUUUCAAAAUCUCACUAAAAGCUGUUUUGCUGAGGAACACAAAACAUAGAAGAAGAAAUCUGAAGAAGUCUGUUACUGUAAUUCUUUAAAAUGUGAAGUCUUAUAGUUUCUCUUGAUUAAUCAUUCUGCACUCAUGUUUCCAUUUUGUCCUGAUUUUACAGAAGAGUUUUUAACAGGAAAUAAUUACCUCAGUGUUGAUUUGUAGUUUCAUUCUUACACUGGUAGAUGGCAGUACAAACCUGAUGUAAUGUCAAUGUUUUUUGUUUUGGCAUUUGAUACUAAAAUUUAAGAUAGAUGUUUAUAUAUUACACAUUUUUUUCUUUGGUUGAAGUCAAACAGCUGACCUUUAUUUAGUUUUACUUGUUUUUAUUUUGCACUGAUAUUUUAGUUUAUGGCAGCUGCUACUGAAGUUGCCUGACAUUAGUGAGAAAUACUGUAUUUCAGUCCACUCAAGGGACAUCUACAGGGAUCACAUGAUACUAAAACGCCUUAUACAUGACACAUGAUGUUAUAAACAGCUAUUAAAAUAUGCCAGUCAUGUGUUUUGUGUUGUGAAUGUAUGUUGUGCCUUCAAUAAAUAUUUCCCCUCAUGGUU